GUUCUUUCGAAUUAUUCCAUUUGUCAUAUACUUAUCUUCUAUUCCUCCACAUGCGUCAUGUCGUCCAAACCACAAAUCGUUUUUGUGCCAGGUGCUUGGAACAGUCCUGAGGGUCUGACCGACUUGGUUGAGAAUCUAGAGAGUCAUGGUUACACAACACACACCUGUCAGCUGCCCUCAGUUGGUAGUAAAAGCCCCCCAAAAGACCUUUUGGAAGAUAUAAAGGCUGUCCAGGACGUUAUCGAGAAAGCCAUUGGGAACGGCAACGACGUUAUUGUUGCUUCACACAGUUGGGGUGGUAUCGUCGUUAGCAGUGCUGCGGUCGGAUAUGACAAGACAACCCGGCAAGCUCAGAACUUUAAAGGUGGCGUUGUCAGACUUGCAUACAUGGCUAGUUUCCUCCUUCCGGAGGGAGUUAGCAUGAUUAAUGCAUGUGGCGACCAGGUCCCCGAGUUUAUCAACAUUGAGGGCCCGUACGCCAUAGUGAAAGAUUCGACCGCCCUAUUCAACGAUCUUCCGGCUGUUCAGAAGCAGUACUGGACCUCAAAGUUGCAAUCUCACUCAUUCGCGUCAAUGGAAGCAAAGUCGACAGGAGCUGCCUGGAGAACUAUCCCAACUAGUUAUCUUGUAUGCGAGGACGAUCAUGCAAUUCCUGCUUCAGCCCAGGAAGCCAUGAUCAAAAGCGCCAGAGAAGCUGGUGCCACCGUCAAUUAUGAGACACUCAACACUGGUCACUUUCCGUUCCUCACACGCUCUAGUGCUGUAGCUGAGUACGUCAGAAGAGCUGCUGGCGAGGCUAUCUAAAAUCCUAGAAAUUCAUUAGUCUGUUCGAGCUGUGCACAGUGUACUGACUCUGAUCUUGUAGUUUGCAGGAUAAUGCAUAGACUACCUAGGUAUUGUUUAGACGGCGUACGCAAUCACCUCUCGAGCUUUCAAAAUAUCGCAAUGUUCAUACAGAAUGAGCCGCAAUCGAUGGUCUGACCGUACUGCUUCUGGCACUAGCUAUCUCUCCAUCUUCACUCCAGUGUCCGGCGACAUUCUCAGAAUCAUCUACCAGUACUCAAACUCUCGG